AUCGACGUGUCGGAGCUGAGAUGCCUAGAAUACAGCGGCUCCGUACCCUAGGAGUCGUUCAUGUCCCUACACGGCUCACCAGCAGUGUCCUCGUGCACCAUCCGCUUCUGCAAGGUGAGAUCCAAGGAGUCGGAGUGUGUCCGGUUCAUAAAGCUCCUUGGGAUAGUCUCAGACUCGAAGCACCUGCACCUCCACCAUCGAGGCUUGGGCAGCGAAUUCUUCGCUGUGUUCCCCUUGUUUCCCAACCUCACGCGGGUUGAGCUACAGGGUCCCAUCGAAAACAAUGACACAGUCGACGCUAUCAAGAGGAUACUGGAGCAGACACCAAACCUCGAGGUUCUCUCACUCUACAUGGAGGAGGGGGAGCGGGACAUGAAGGAGCGGAGACAAAGGGAGGAGAAGAUCAGGUACCGACAGCUCUAUGGAAGAGUUGCAAGUGAUGAUCAGGAGGAGUACGAUCGGCCGGUUGAUCUUGGCAAUCUCAGAGUUCCCGACAGGUCGAGCUUUUCUUUGCCGUGCCUGCGACAUCGAUUGAAGGAGAUCAACAUGGUUAACUACCAGUGUGACGUGCAACAUAGGGUGUUGGCCAGCCUGCUGUUUCGCAAUGCGCUUGUGCUCGAAAGGAUGUGUGUCGUGUUUGUGAAGGGGUGGUUCGCCUUGCAGGUUGAGCUGAGGAAGGAGAUGCCUUUGAUCAAUUUUGUACCUAGCUUUUUAGUUGAUUGUCUGCAAAACAAUUUGUAAGCCCGCUGAUUAAUGAAUGCAAGCUCUUGAUUCGAAAAAAAGGAAAA